AUGCGAACAGAAGUGCCCGCAAGUCACUACGACGUCGUAAUCAUCGGCGCUGGAAUCGCUGGGUCGGCGCUCGCGUAUGCGUUAUCAUCGAGGUCAACGGACACCACUCAUUCAAACCAAUACGGAUCGAAACCAAGGAAGCUCAGGGUCGCCCUCAUCGAGCGGUCUCUCUCCAAGCCUGAUAGAAUUGUAGGGGAGCUUCUCCAGCCAGGCGGCAUCAUCGCGCUGCGCGAACUUGGGUUGGAAGUAUGCCUCGAGGGCAUCGGCGCGAUUCCGGUACGCGGGUAUUGCGUUGCGGAGGGCGAGAGGCAGGUAAGGGUGCCGUAUCCAGAUGGCUUUGAGGGAAGAAGUUUCCAUCAUGGAGAGUUUGUGAUGACGUUACGCGACAAAGCGAUAGGCGCCGAUGGUGUCGACGUGAUAGAAGCUGUUGUGACGGAACUGAUAGAAGAAUCUGAAAGCGGGAGGAUUGCAGGAGUGCGAUACCGAACAAGGGAGGCUUCCAACGCGACUUCUACGCACGAAUUACAUGCCAAGGUAGUCAUCGUCGCGGAUGGCAGCGCCUCGAAAUUCAGAAAACAAGUUCUUCAGCCAGCCUAUGCCGCCAAAGUGGAGCCUCGGCUGAUCAGCCAUUUCGUUGGACUCGUCUUGGAGGGCGCAGAACUGCCCGUCGCGCAGCAUGGUACAGUCGUAUUCGUCAGUGGACACGGCCCCGUACUUCUGUAUCAGAUAUCGGAGCGAUGCACGAGGAUGCUUAUCGACGUCAAGGAGCCGCUGCCUGCUGACAUGAAGUCGCACAUCCUCACCGAAAUCGUGCCCCAACUCCCGCCCUCCCUCCGCCUCCCUGCGACUUGCGCCGUGCACUCCGAUCGUCUGCGUCGCAUGCCUUAUCCCUUCCUUACUGCAAUCAACCAGAACUCAUACCACACAAAACCAGGUGCCAUCCUCCUUGGCGAUGCAUGGAACACGCGGCACCCGCUAACCGGCGGCGGCAUGACUGUCGCGCUGAACGACGUGGUGCUACUACGAGACAUGCUAAACAAAGUCGACGACUUGGGUGAUUGGACAGCGAUGGAGGCGGGGUUGAGUCGGUGGUAUUGGCAACGCAAACCGCGUUCUUCAACAAUCAAUAUGCUUAGCUUGGUGCUGUACGAGCUGUUUGGGGCAGCGGACGAGGAACUGUCCAUCAUGCGCCUUGGGUGCUUUAAAUAUUUCGAGCUAGGGGGAGAGUACGUUAGAGGGACGAUAUCCUUGUUAGCUGGAAUAUCGAGCUCCCCGUUCCAACUGUUUCGUCAUUUCUUUGGCGUUGCGAUGUACGCCAUCUUGGUUCUAUUCCAAUCUACUCCGUCACCCUCUUCACCCCGAUAUCAUCAUACAAUCACUCACCAACCCGCGAUGAACGUAGCUCUCAGCACCCUGGUGCACUAUAUGUCCUUGCUCACCAAGAGCGUGCGCGUGAUAUGGAAAACUUGCGCAAUAUUCUUCCCGCUUCUAUGGGAUGAAAUACGAUGGUGGAUUCCGUCUAAAUCUAGUGUUCAGUCUCCUGCACGAUGGGGAGGUGCUAUGCUUGUAGCUAUCGUUAUCUUAUCGCUUGGUGCAAUCAUUUGUAAAUGA